AUGGGGAAAACAGAUUUACCAUCUUUAGCAAUUGGUCAUCAACCUUUUGUAGUAAAUCUUCAAACUUAUGAUGAUGGAACUAUUCUCGCCCUUAUUACACGAUACGACAAAACACAAAACGCAAAUUGUUCGAGUUAUUUGAAACCAAAUCCUGCUCUUGGACUAGAACAGAUAUUACGUAUAAGAAUUAUUCAAUUAGAUGGAUCUGUUAAAGAGAUUAAUCUCAACAAUGCCGACUUAAAAUUAGAUCCUCUGAAUUAUUGUUUAAGAGGCGCCAAAUUUGCUAUUCAAACAUAUACUUUACAAAAACCGUUCAUCCUGGUAACUUAUGUGAAUAGUACAAAUUCAUAUGAUCCUACAACUUAUGAAGAAUGGGGAAUGGUUAUUGAUUGGAACGGCAAUAUUCUAAGGUGUGACUGUGAUUAA